GUCGCUUCGUUUUUAGCCUUUUUUAUUAAUAACAAAAAAUACAUAUAGGCAGUAGUUUAUGAAAUCUGACUAAAUAUUAUGUGUGUACACUUGAAGAAAAUUUGCAGUUAAUUAAAUUCUUUGCGGAAAUCGAAAGAUCGUUGAUUGAACAAGGAAAAAGGUUGCAGAUUCGAGGAAGUGGGGAUAAUAACAUGGAUCAGCUGUCGAUCAACCAGAAGAUAUAUGUCCGUCGUUCUGAUGGCAGAGUCCACAUGGCAGGAAUUGUGAAACUGGAGGGCGGCAGCAAUAACAUGGUAACGGUGGAAUGGCCCGAAGGACAUAGGUUAAGGGGUAAGGAACUCCCUUUGGAACUGGUGAUCCUGAUGAAUCCGCAGAUCUUUGAUCCUUCUCCCUGCACGGCAUCCAUACCUCCACGAUCCGUGAAGCAACGCAUGUCAGCUGGAAAGUUGCCACCUCGCGUGGGAACUGCCACGCCCCGUCAACUUACGCCCACCACGUUGCCUUCAAAUAAUCAGGAUGAAGUAAUGAUGCAAGUGGAAAGGGUGAGGAAACAACGUGAACGAAGACGUGAACUUCAAGCCCGAGCUCGUCAAAUUCGGGAGAAUGCCAUGAACGAAGAUCCUGGGAAUCCCAAUUGGGAAAUAGCCAGGAUGAUACGACUGCAGCGCCUCCAAUUGGAAACUCGUCCUGUGAAGAGCAGUGGAUUGAACAAGCCCCUCAAGGAGCACCAAAUUGUGGUUUGUGUAAGAAAAAGGCCACUGAGAAGGAAGGAGUUGGCAGAUAAAGAAUUGGAUGUGGUCAGUGUACUUUCUAAAGAUAUGUUAAUGGUUCACGAGCCAAAAAAGCAUGUGAAUCUGGUCAAGUUCCUAGAGAACCACAGCUUCCGUUUCGAUUAUGUCUUCGAUGAAGAAUGCUCAAAUGCCACGGUCUAUGAAUUCACUGCCCGACCUUGGAUAAAGCACAUUUUCGAAGGCGGAAUGGCCACCUGUUUUGCCUAUGGACAAACUGGAAGUGGUAAGACCCACACGAUGGGUGGUCAAUUCACUGGGAAACAACAGAGCUCCUUGAAUGGCAUUUAUGCCAUGGCCGCCAUGGAUGUGUUUUCCAAUCUGCAGUUACCAAUUUAUGACAAGCUGAAGUUGCGAGUCUCCUGCAGUUUCUUUGAGAUCUACGGAUCUCGAGUUUACGAUCUUCUGAUGCCGGGUAAACCACAAUUAAGAGUUUUGGAAGAUGGCAAGCAGCAGGUGCAAGUGGUGGGUCUGACCGAAAAUCCUGUCAAAAACACUGCCGAUGUUUUGGCCCUACUUGAACUGGGAAAUGGAGUUCGAACCUCGGGACAAACCUCUGCCAAUUCCAAAUCCUCUAGAUCUCAUGCAGUUUUCCAAAUUGCACUUAGAUCUUCGAUAUCAGAGCGUUUGCAUGGAAAAUUCUCACUUAUAGAUCUCGCGGGAAAUGAAAGAGGAGCUGACAAUAGUUCGGCGGAUCGGUUAACCCGCAUCGAAGGAUCGGAGAUCAACAAAUCCCUGCUGGUUUUGAAAGAAUGCAUACGAGCUUUGGGCCGUCAAUCAGGUCAUUUGCCCUUCAGAGGUUCCAAACUCACUCAGGUUCUUCGUGACUCAUUUAUUGGAGGCAAGAAGGUAAAAACCUGCAUGAUAGCCAUGAUUUCACCUGGCCUUCAUUCUGUGGAACACACUCUGAAUACCCUGCGAUAUGCGGAUCGGGUCAAGGAAUUGAACGCAGAGGCUGCCUCUCCAAAACGACUGGUAAACGAUCUGACUCAAAAUCUUAGCUGCGAGAGCAACUCAAUGCCGGAUAUUGUUAGUCAGUUACAUAGUCUCAAUACUUUUAUCUCAUCCACAUCGCUGCCAAAUGGAAGCAAUCAAAUAGAAAAAGGGAACACCUCCAGUGAAGUCCAUGGACCAGUAUCCAAAACAUCUUAUCCUAAAUCUAAAUCUAGUCGAAAGUUAAGCCAAAAGAAGGGCAAGGCUAAAUUUCGAAGCAACAAUUUUUUUUAAUGCCCAAGAUCAAAAUCAAUUUAUAUAGCAACUUUUGAAAUGCAAUAGGCUUAUUUGACAAAAUUGUGUGUAAAGAUCUAUAUAAAUGGUAAAGAAAAAAAAGUACAAACAAAAAUUAUUAUUGUCUUCUUAAAAUGGAAGAGUGAAUAAAAUGUUCAAAAUAAA